CAGGACCGGACGUAGUUGACGUCGGCACACAUUUGUUGUAAACAUGGCGUCCGUGACAACAGCCACCUCAGAGUGGAUUCAGUUUUUUAAAGAUGCUGGGAUCCCAGCCGGCCUCGCAGUCACUUACGCCGUCUCCUUCGUGGACAACAGAAUUCACAAGAACAUGCUGAUGGACCUGAGUAAAGACAUCAUGAUGGACCUCGGCAUUACAGUCAUUGGCGACAUCAUUGCCAUUCUUAAACAUGCCAAGCAGGUCUACAGGCAGGACAUGUGCAAAAUGGCCACAGACGCCAUCUCCUCAGGACAGACCAGUGUUAAAGCUGAGCUCCGAAGAACUGCAAAUACUCCUGCCACUCGUAUGAUUGCCAACGCUUUGAGCAAUGAUUCUCCGCCAGCCACUCCAGCCCGUCGACCUGACAACCGCCUGUCCGUCACAGUGUCCAACGUGCAAGCGAAUAAGAGUGGCAAAGCAGUUGUGAGUCAGCCAGCCGAUGAGGGGAACGGUUUGCCAGCAGUGAAGCGCCGACGCGUGACAGCUGAGAUGGAAGGCAAGUACAUCAUCAACAUGCCCAAAGGCACCACGCCUCGUACACGCCGCAUCCUGAGCCAGCAGGCCAAGAAAGGUUUGAAACGCACCUCUGUGUUUGCGAGACUUGGGGCUGAAUCCAAGGCAGACACAACAACAAGCAAUAACAAGCCCACCGGUGUGUUCAGUCGUCUGGACAGAGGGGCGGAAGAGGAUCAGAGGUUGAGGGCAGGCAAAAUGGCUGCAAACAUGGAUGUAGACGACGAAAACGACAGUGACGGAGAAGGCUCCGUCCUCCAGUACGCUGGUGUCCUCAAGAGACCGCCUCCCUCCCAGAAAAAAGAGCCAGCUACAAAACCAGCCCCGACUACCCUGCGGCGCCUGGGAGGCAAAUUCAAACUACCUCCCUCUGACACUCCAACCUCCUCCUCUACUCCUAAUGGCCUCCCCCCUGCCAAGAUUAGUGUGCUUCAGAGACUGGGCAAGCUCCCUGCAACACACCAGGGAAAGGCUGUGACACCCACACCUGCUGACACACAGGACAACAGGGUGACCACCAGCACCAGGCCCAGAGCUCAGGAGAGACUGACCGUAGAAGGCCCCAAGGUCAGCAGCAGCACCGGGGCCGCUGCAGGAGGAGGAGAGUCUCUAGGCGCUCAGAUGGACGUUAGGGCUGUUAGUGUUUUUAAGAGACUGGGCAACAAGAAAACCUAACGCACACUGUAAAUCCCUAAAAAGUUAUUCAGACUCUUUCUAUAUGUCCUUUAUAGAAUUUGUAUCACCACCUUUUUGCAUUUAUCCUGGCAACACGCAGGACUGCAGAUUAAAGUGGGUUUUUUGUGUUCAGCCUGAGUCAGGGCACAAAAUUAGCACCAGCCACCAGCCAAAUGCUGGUAUAAUACACCUACAAUACACCUACAAUACACAUCCUUCCCCAGCCAAAAAAAAUGGCAUCAAUGUAUUGAGUGGCUGGUAAAAUUUGAGCAUUCACUAGUCAUUUGGCGGGUAGUUAAUUUUGCACCCUGGCCUGCGUGUAUGGACGAUUUUAAUGCUGCAUUUUGGCUUUAGGGUUACUCUAAGAUAGAAAUAGAUGAUUUUUUUUACACAUUAGUCAAGCUGCCAUUGGAAAAUCAUCUUUGUUUAGUGUCCAAGCUUUUAAUUUGAGGACUCAAAGUUCUCUGUGUAUUAUUUGCGCAACCAGAAAGCUAUUUAUCAUGUCUCAGUCAUAUCUGCCAUUUAUAAUUUUUUUUUAUAUAUAUAUAUUUAACUAUAUUUGUGAGCUUAAGGCAUGAGCAUGACGUCAACCAGGCUGCCAUAAUGGCGGUUUUAAUUUCACCCUGUAACUCCACUUAUAAGGAUGCUGCUGCCCAAACUCCGUUUUUAGAUAUUCGUCCUCAAUGGAUGCAGUCGAGUAGUUGAAAAUGUUCCUCCAGGAUUAAGUAUGUGGUAACUUUGUUGAUAUUUGCCUGAAAAAGAAUAAUUUCUUUUAAAGAAGAUGUAAUGUAAAAGGUACAGAUAGAAGCUUGUUUUCACACCUCAGGCAGUUCAAGUUUAUUCUUCAAGUAAAGAACACAAGACAGCCGUCGGACUUGAGACUAGCUUUGAGGCGAUAGUUAAGUCUUUCUAUUUCUUGUUACCUUCAUCACCUUAAAAUUACCUCCUCUAGCAUAAAAGUGUUGAUGAAAGGCUUCUUAAUUUCAGCGAGUGAAAAAGUAAACUCAAAUGGUUACACAGAACGACCUCUAUGAACUCUUGAAUAAAGGAAAAGCAUCGCACCUCCUCCUCUUCUUCUUCUGCGCUUUGUGGUGUAGAAUUUCUCACCUCUGAACAUGUCAGCUUUUCUACCAUAGGACUGAACAUUUUCUAUAAACCACCUACUUGAAGGCCGGAGCAGUAGAAUAUUGUUUAUUUUGAAAUGCAAUGUAUAGAUUUGUUAGACUUGAUUUGAGACAGCACAGAAUCUGUUCUGCUGCAUAUUUUUCUAUGUGGGCAUUCUUGUAUCAUGAAUCCAUGUAAAGAAAAUCAGAGAUGCCAUCAGACCUGGUGUCGAGGGGCACUGUCAGUGUAAGUAGGAGGUCCACUUUUUACCCAGUAUGGAUCAUUAACCAGCCCGCGUACUAUGUUGGUCUGUCAGACUUCACACCAGAACUUUGUUACACUGUAAAUAUUUGAAAUGUUUAAAAUCACAUUACGGAGUUUUUAUUGUUUUAAAGAACAAAAAAGAGCAAAACACUCCACAAACUGUCAUGAUUUUUUUUAAUGAUAUUGAGGGAGAAAAAGUGUGCUUGGAAACUGAUUAAAAGAGAAAAAGGGU